AUGGCAAAGAGGCUGAUCGUGACCCCACCAGAGGUUCAAGAAAGUUUGGAACCACACAGCGAUACUACUCUCGGCAGAGGCCUGAAUCCUGUAGAAGCAGAGGAUGAAUAUAUUAAAGGCCGUGUGGAUACAAAAGUAAAGAUGCUGAACGUGACCCCAACACAGGAUCAAGAAAGUCUAGAACCAAACAGCGAUACUACUCUCGACAGAGGCCUGAAUCCUGUAAAAGCAGAAGGAUUUGUCUUGGAUAAUAUGGAGGCGACCAAGGCUACAGAGGAGGAUGACAAUAUGCCAAAUCAAAUAUCAAGUCUGGUGGAGAAAAUGCUUAAGGAACAAGUUCACCUUAAGGAGAUAGGAACAGACAGGACUGAUAGCGGUAGAGGAGAAGGAGUCUCACUAAGUAUAUGGGACUUUGCCGGACAAGACAUAUACUACACAACCCAUCAGGUGUUUCUGACGUGGCGAGCCAUUUAUGUGAUUGUCUUUGAUCUCAGUAGAAGUUUGGAUUCUGUCGUUCCCUCUGAAUCCAGAGACGAGUAUUAUGAAAUGGCUAAAAGAGGUGCCAAAUCGGAAUUGACAUGUCUAGAGUUCAUCAAUUUCUGGUUGUUCCAUCUUCGCCCAUGCUGUGGCGCCCUCUUCGGUCAGGAAUAA